CUUUGCCCUUUCCUUUUGCAAAUCCCUGCCAAAGUCCAUCACGCUCAGCAAUGCCUUGCUCUUUAUUCUCCGGCUCUCAGCUGAUCCUCAUAAAUCGGGUGGAGAGACGGGUUGGUUGGUCCCUUUACUAUACAAAUGCGGCGUGACCUGCGGAACUCUCCUCCGCUUGAGGCCUUUCUGCCUUUCGGGCAACAGGAGGGAGGCACCGGAGGCGGCCAGUCCAUGGGCAACGACCGGGUGAAGAACCUCCAGAGCGAGGUGGAAGGAGUCAAGAACAUCAUGACGCAGAACGUGGAGCGGAUGCUGGCCAGAGGGGAGAACCUGGACCACCUGCGCAACAAGACAGAGGACCUGGAAGCCACGUCGGAACACUUCAAGACCACCUCGCAGAAAGUGGCCCGCAAGUACUGGUGGAAGAACGCCAAGAUGAUCGCCAUCAUCUGCGUCAUCGUGGCCAUCAUCAUCAUCCUCAUCAUCCUCUUCGCCACCGGCGUCAUCCCCACUUAAGCCUCUGCCGCACCUCCGUUGUGCCUUCGGCCGCUCCGACGAUGAUCACUCCGCCGUGCCUUUGGCCACUCCACCCUUGUCUUUCCCUCUUUUCUAAUCAAGAGACCGCUGCAUCCAGAAAAAUCCUUUUAGCCACUUUCCAUUCCUCCAGUAACCUUCUCUUGUGCAUUGACCACUUCUCUUGCGUUCUGACUUUGCUUACUUUCCAUAACUUUCUCUCCGGAAAGGAAAGUUCCCAGAUCUUGAUGCAAAUUUCUGCCUAUAAUUAAUGCCUUGCUCUCUCUUUUGGAUCUGAUUCCGCAAGUGCCUUUCUUGAAAGAAACGAGCUUUUCGCUCUUUGUAUCUCAGUACCAUUCCCAAUCCAAUGGUGCAAUGAAAUGAUCCUUUUGGUCAUUCAAUUCAGGGAAUGACAUCUUUCCAUAUUACUAGCCUAUAGAAUAGGACGAGAACGUUGCAUCUCUGAUGUACAUUCACAUGACAAAUGGUGCGGCGGAAGAAAAAUUGACGGUUGGAGACGAUGCUAAAUCCGUCUCCAAAGGCUUUGAUUGGCACACGCUUCACAUAGGAGUUCUGGUUGGAUUUAUACACAAGGGAGCUUGCAUUUCUGGGGAAACUAUAGACAAAAGGUCCAAAAAACCAGAGGAAAUCAGCAUAUGAUCAGGUCUGUCAUGAUCUCCAGUCUUUGACAUCUCCGGUCGGCUGACAAAGAACAGAUGCCAGGCAUAAAACUUCAAUUACCCUCUGGUAUGUGAGAGCCCCUAUAUAAGUGGGCCAAAGAGAAGGUUCUGGUAUUCGGUACAAUAAAAAUCUGUUGGAACCUACUAGUGUGUGUCUUGGUGCUUUUCUGGUGGAAGACUGACCCACAGCACAACUGGGAGAAGAGAACCCGACAAUUUGUACCGAAUGCCAGAACCUUCUCUUUGGCCCACUUAUAUAGGGGCUCUCACAUACCAGAGGGUAAUUGAAAUUUUAUGGCUGGCAUCUGUUCUUUGUCAGACGACCGGAGAUGUCAAAGAUUGGAGAUCAUGACAAGGUCCCAAAUUCCAUUACAUCUGCCUUUGGUCAAGAAACAAAGGAAAUCAACAUAUGAUCAGAUCCCAAGUUGUCUUUGGUCAUGCAGUAGAUGCCGUUUGCCAAAUUACAACAUGGAUUUGGAAACAAUCUGUAUCCAAACAUAUUCUACGUUGAAACCUUUAUCUUUAGUGGGGUUGAAACAGGGCUGAAUUGGUCUUCCUUUCCUAAAAUAAUUUUUCUUUCUUUCUUUCCUGUUCUUUGUGUCCCUUUUAUCUUCACGUAGGGACACAAAUCCCGACAAAGGAGUUGGUUUUUAUUGCCACCGCCUUAAGAUAUUAUGAUUCUGUGAUUGGUUUCCCCGACCUCCGACGGAGCCUCUUCUUUCCUAGAUAGCAACCUUCUAGUUGUAAUAAAUGUAUUUAUAAGCCACUUUCUAAUACAGAAAUAUCUCUUCCGAA